AUGGCGACACCCGUGAACCCAAAGCCCUUCUUGAAUGAGCUCACAGGGAAGCCGGUGAUGGUGAAGCUGAAGUGGGGCAUGGAAUACAAGGGUGGAUUUCUGGUGUCGGUAGACACGUACAUGAACCUCCUUCUCACAUCGACGGAGGAGUAUGUGGACGGCGAGUUCGCGGGCAACUUGGGGGACGUGCUCAUCCGCUGUAACAACGUCUUGUACCUUAGGGGGGUAGAAGAGGACGAGGCCAACGCAAAAGCGGAUGGGGCCGAGGGGGCCAAUGGGAUGGACGAGGAGGAGGAUGAAGGCUGAGACGGGGAUAAGCCCUAGAUUCGUGGGGCGGGGGGGCGGGGGGAGGGCUCGAGGCAAUGUCUAGCUACAUUCCUGAGAGCCUUGACGCUUUUUUUUUUCAGAUCGAUAGUGGGGCGCGGGAUAUCUUGGUUGGGCCAUCGGUUUGACCUGGUGUCCUCGAACAAAGCGUGCACCGUGAUGGCUUCUAUUUUCCCUGGCUUGAUGAGGGAGACUUUCUCGAAGGGGUUAGACAUGUGCUGGGCAUCGGCUUGAUUGUAUCAAGCUAGAGAGUAAAGCCGGAAGUAACUUCUUGGCCGCAUGAUCUCCACGUUGCAGCAAAGGAGUACUGAUUGGAACGAAAGGUGACGCUUGGCGAAGCCUAUCCAUUGUAACAUUUCAAUGGACCUUUGAACGUGACCGUUGGAAGCCGGUUGGUGGGCGCGUUUCAUCCCCGUUUCGUGCAUGACAAUCGUUUGUUGGAGAAAUGCAAGUGAAAUGUCAUGAGUGGCCUCAUGAGAACACA